CUGUUUCUUUUAAAAUUAAAUUUUGUCGAGGUUCCUCUAGUUCAAUCGGUAUUAAAAGUGUUAUUUAUUUAUAAUUUCGUGUCUUUUUGUAAAGAAGGUCGUGAGGAAAAGUCAAUUUCCCUUUUGAAAAUACACAUUCUGUGAUAGACGUGAGAACGAGCCCAAGGUGGGAGCGGGCGGAGGAGCGAGCCAGGUCUACAGUCUACUGUCUAGCGGCAGCGCGUCGGCCGAGAUCUCACGCAGUGGGCGACUUUUAGCCAGCCGAGAGGUUUUCCUGUCAUCUCCCAUAUUCGCCGUUUUGUGUUCUUCAAAUCUUCAAUCUUCACCCCCUGCGGCCGACAACGAAGCCGUCUCGGCCAGAAGAGGAUCUCCCUUCCAAAUAUAACAUUUUUCCUCCCCGACUAUCAACCAAUUAAUUCCAAAUGAGCGAAUUAGUCUGGGGCAUUAAAAACGGGGAUUUAGAAUACGUGAAAGCCUUCGUCGAAAGCAAGGAGAUUGAUAUCAACAAAGAAAUAAAUGGUAGGCCACCUUUACACUAUGCUGCAGAUUAUGGACAGAGAGAUGUUAUUGAAUAUCUUGUAUCGAAAGGUGCAGAUAUCAAUGCAAAGGAUAAACACGGGAUAAGUGCUCUGCUUGCAGCUGUGUGGGAAGGUCAUACAGUGUGUGUUAGGGCGCUGCUUGAUAAUGGCGCUGAGAAAACAGGUACUGCGCCAGAUGGAACGAGUUACAUUGACUCAGCAGAUAAAGCCGAAAUCAAAGCACUACUACAAUAAAUCAGUGUUUAUGACCCCUUCCCAAAAUUUCUUUCCCAUUUCAAUUUACACAGGUUAUUUUACAAUCCUUAAAUGUAUGAUUUUAAUAUUUUAAAAAUCCUAACUUUUCAGUGUAAAUGGUUUUACGAAUGUAAUUGUUUUUAAUUUUCAUUUUAUCAGUAUUUAUUCUUUUUGUGACUAGUGUAUAUUUUAUUAUUUUAGUUGUUAAUGUUUGUAUUAUAAAAUUUCUAUUAUACAUACAUCAAUUGUUCUAUGAAUGUUGUAGGUAUUUUUUUGUCCUUGGCAGUGUGAGCUUUGCAUAUUGUUUUGUAACAACCACUUAUUUUUUUUUGUAAAUAAUCAUGUCAAUAAUAACAAUAUUAAGCCUUUGCUACAGUUUUGCUGUCCGUUAACCAAUAUUUUUGGACAAUAUUCGAUAUUAUUAGAUCCAAAACACAAAGCCAAGUAUUUGCAUGUAAUUUUCUAAGACUUUGUAAUAUUAAAUAGGUUUUUAUCAAUGAAUUGUAUACUUAAAAGAUGUUUUUAUAUUAAAAGAAAAACAAACGUGGUGAUAUUUUCUACUUUGAAA